GGCGCGCAGUCAAGAGCUGGGCUCCCGCGGCCCGAGGUCCUUCUGGCUCCGAGGGCUCCCGGGGCCCGAGGUCCUUCUCGCUCCGAGGGCUCCCGGGGCCCGAGGUCCUUCUCGCUCCGAGGGCUCCGGCGGCCCGAGGUCCCGCGCCCACCAUGAGGCUGGGAAGCCCUGGAAUUCUCCUGCUCCUGUUCGGUGCUCUGCAGGCCACAGAUAUUCAGGAGAAAGAAGUCAGAGCGCUGGUGGGCAGCGACGUGGAGCUCAGCUGAGUUUUCCCCGGAAGUCAAACCUUUGAUCUAAAUGACCUUUAUGUGUACUGGCAAAUCAGUGUCGUUGGCGGACCGAAGACCGUGGUCACCUACUACCUCUCCGGGAACAGCUCCGCGGGCCACAAGGACAAUCGCUACAGGGACAGGGCCCGGCUGUCGCUGGAGCGCAUGACGCGCGGCGACUUCUCUCUCCGUCUGUACAACAUCACCCCCCAGGACGAGCAGAAGUUCCACUGCCUGGUGUUCAGGAAAUCCUUGGAGUUAAAAGAGAUUCUGGAUGUUGUGGUGACGUUACACGUGGCAGCCAACUACAGCAUGCCCGUGGUCAGCGCCCCAAGCAGCGCCUCUGAGGACAAGGAGCUGACGUUCACGUGCACGUCUAUGAACGGCUACCCGAGGCCCAACGUGUUCUGGAUCAACAGGACGGACGACAGCGUGCUGGACGGGACCCUGCAGAACAACACCGUCUCCCUGAAAGCGCGAGGCCUGUACGACGUGUUCAGCGUCCUGACGAUCCCGUGGACCCCCAGCGCGAGCGUCGGCUGCUGCAUAGAGAACGUGCUCUUGCACCAAAACCUGACGGCGACCCCCACGCAGGCAGAAACGUUCACCGGAACCGAACACGGCAUCACCGAGAGCCAAGCCGAUGCCCCGAAGAAACAAGGUGCAGUCCUCAGCGCCCUUCUCGUGCUGGGCGUGGUCGUGGUCGUGGCCGUGGCCACAGGCUGGGUGUGCCGGAGCAGGUGCCCCCCGCGGGAUCCGCGCAGGAGCCAGGCUGCAAGACCAGAGCAGACGUUCUUCGACCGAGUCUGACGAGAACCCCCCCAUCCGGCGCGUGGACAGGGUUUCUGUGAGAUCCCACCCGGAGGAACGGCGGACGGCAGCUUGGGAAUUGACUCCGGCGGCCCUGGUGGCCACGAGGGACGGCCAGCCCCCACCGGCGCCUAUGACAAGGGGGCUCCAUGGACACGGAGCCUCUCUGGCCUGGAAGGGACACGUGGGGCCACGCCCGAUCCCAGGGAGAAUGUUCCAGGUGCCGCCCCAAUCCUGGAAUGAGGACCUUUCCUAGGGGCUGGCAGAGCCACCCACACAAGCGCCCAAGGGAGCAGGCUCCCCACCUCUGCUGCCAAGUGCAGGGGGAGAGGGUGCGAGAAGGUGGCUCUUCCCCCCCAGCCCCUGGGGCCCUCGGAACCCUUCUCGGUAUCAAAAACGCAUGGGGGUUUUGGGGGACGGGAGCUUUCUGAGGCCAGAGGAAGGGCGCCUCCCUUAGGAAGGCGAGAGGCAUGCUCGGUCUCCUCCAGCACCUUCCCUGCUGGGCGGAGGUCACUCAGGGCUGGUGGUAGAGGCGCACGUGCAGGGCGCCCACCCCUCCUGCCCCCGGAGAUGCAGGGGUGGAGUGUGUGUGUCUGCACGUGUGUGUGAGUGCGUGUGUCUGCACACGUGUGUGUAUGAGCGUGUGUGAGAGAACAUGUGUCUGCACGUGUGUGAGAGUGGGUGUAUCUGUGUGUGCACGUGGGUAUGAGCAUGUAUGUGAGUGAAUGCAUGGGUGAGUGGGUGUGUCUGCACACGCAUGUGUAUGAGCAUGUAUGUGAGUGAAUGCAUGGGUGAGUGGGUGUGUCUGCACACGCAUGUGUAUGAGCAUGUGUGAGUGCAUGUCUGUGCACACGCGCGUGUGCAUGUCCAGAAUGCAGGGACGGGUCAACACUGCAAAACUCCUGAAAGACCCCCUGGGAGUUGGUUUUUCUCCAGGACCUUCACUGGGAGGGACCCCUGACCUCGUUUGUUUUGGUCAAAAGCUGGAUUUCCUGCUUAGAACGCACCGUGGAGUUGUUUUGAGAAGGCCGUCUGCUGCUGGGGCCACGGUGACCGGAGCGGGGCACAAGCAGGGACUCAGAAACUUGCUCAGGCAGGACUGGGGACCCACGUCUCCAGCGGACCUGCACUUCACCACGUGGCCAGCGAGGGCCCUCCCCCUGGCGCCGUGGCGCACGCAGGGGGCGCUCUUCCCGCGCAGCGGCCGUGGUUGAAACUGCAGCCUGAGUCCCAGGCCACCCUCUGCACCUGUCGCCCCGGCCUCCCUGGAACCUGCACGGCUGUCACGCAGCCCGCCGGGCCCGGCGGGGGACCGGAGAUGGGCGGUGGCCCAAGUCCAUGCAGGGGUGUGCGGCCCGUGGCCCCGACCCUCGCCGCGUGGUUUCCGCGCCAUUGUCCCGUUUGAGUCUAGCAGCUGACGUUUCUGGACGGCUGUGCACAGGAGGCUGCCCAUCUAACCCUGGUGAGCCUGCGGUCAUUCAGCGCAGAUGGGGGCGUGACGGGCAGAGC